AUGCCAACCAAAUACCUCCUGGUGUCUCUCCCUCAGGGUAUAUUUGACUCAAGCAGCAAAAAUGGCGCUUUAUCAGAGCUGUCAGCAAAAAUUUCUCCCGACAACGGUUCAACGCAGGCUUUUGCCAUACCCGACUUCAAGAUCGGGACUCUUGAUGCUUUAGUGCAGCAAGCAGACGACUUGACUAAGUUGGAGGCAGCUUGUGAGACUGUGGUAGCCAAAGUAGCCGACUCCCUGCGUACGAUCUUGGAUGGAGACGAUGACAAGAUCAGCCAGCAGAAGAUGGUCAACGACAAACCCACAGAUCAUUACAUCAACUCCUUUGUCUGGAACAAGGUCAGAUAUCGUGCCGAUAGGCCUCUGGGUGAACUGGUGGAUAUACUGCAGAAGGAACUUGUCACGAGCGACAACGAUGUCAAGACAAAGUUCAACCAGUAUAACUCGGUCAAGACGAACUUCACGACCUUGCAGCGCAAGCAAACGGGCAACCUCUCCACAAAAUCUCUCACACCCGUUGUCGACCCGGCCUUGCUUGUCAAGGACUCAGAGUACUUGGAAACACACUUGAUUGUCGUGCCUUCUAACGCUAAAAAGGACUUCCAGAAGGGUUACGAGACAUUGGCGCCCAUGGUCGUCCCACGCUCAGCGGUGGAAGUAGCACAGGACGACGAAUUCGUUCUUUUUGCCGUGACAACCUUCAAGAAGACGAGCACCGAAUUCCUACAGAAAUGUCGCGAGCAAAAGUGGACCCCGCGUCAGUAUAAAUAUGUUGAGGGCGGCAAGGAAGAGGAGCAGCGGGAACUCGACCGAGUCGCGCGCGAGGAGAAGAAGGUUUGGGGUGAGGCUCUUCGUAUGGGUAGGACUGGAUGGAGCGAGAGCGUUAUGAUCUGGCUGCAUGUUUUGACCCUACGCGUUUUUGUCGAGGCUGUUCUUCGCUACGGUCUCCCACUGGACUACGUCUCGGCUCUGGUCAAAACCACGCCAAAGUUGUCGCCCAAGGUCAGGGCUGCGCUUGAUUCCAAUUACUCUUACCUAGGUGGCAACGCCUUCGGAAGAGAUAAGCGUGGCAGGGUGACCAAAGACGAUGCAGCACUGUCAUCUGAGAUGGCUGCUGCCGGCGUUGGAGGUGCCGACGGCACCGAGUAUACGGCUUACGUCUACUACGAGUUUGAGCUGCCUUGA